GUGGGGGUGAGAGGUCAGCAGGAAGUCGAUACGUGGCCGCCGCCUGUCCCCGCCGAGGAGGCGCAGCAGCCGGAGAUGGCGGCGGUGCUGAGCGCAGAGCGCCUCGAGGUGUCGGUGGACGGCCUGACGCUGAGCCCCGACCCGGAGGAGCGGCCCGGCGCGGAGGGCGCCCCGCUGCUGCCGCCGCCGCUGCCGCCGCCCUCGCCUCCCGGGGCCGGCCGGGGCCCGAGCGCCGCGGGGAGGCCGCCGGAGCCCGGGGCGGCGGCGGGGGGCGCGGCGGAGGAGGCGCGGUGCCUGGAGCAGCGCUGGGGCUUCGGGCUGGAGGAGCUGUACGGCCUGGCGCUGCGCUUCUUCAAAGAAAAAGAUGGCAAAGCAUUUCAUCCAACUUACGAAGAAAAACUGAAGCUUGUGGCACUGCAUAAGCAGGUUCUUUUGGGCCCGUAUAACCCCGACACUGGUCCUGAGGUUGGAUUCUUCGAUGUGUUAGGGAAUGACAGGAGGAGAGAAUGGGCAGCGCUGGGAAACAUGUCUAAGGAGGAGGCCAUGGUGGAGUUUGUCAAGCUCCUAAACAGGUGCUGCCAUCUCUUCUCAACAUACGUCACAUCGCACAAAAUAGAGAAGGAAGAGCAAGAAAAGAAGAGGAAGGAGGAGGAGGAGCGCAGGCGGCGGGAAGAGGAGGAGAGAGAACGUCUGCAGAAGGAGGAAGAGAAACGUCGGAAAGAAGAAGAAGAAAGGCUCAGGCGGGAGGAGGAAGAGAGGAGGCGGCUGGAAGAAGAGAGGCUUCGGUUGGAGCAGCAGAAGCAGCAGAUAAUGGCAGCUCUAAACUCGCAGACCGCCGUGCAGUUCCAGCAGUACGCAGCCCAGCAGUACCCGGGCAACUACGAGCAGCAGCAGAUCCUCAUCCGCCAGCUGCAGGAGCAGCACUACCAGCAGUACAUGCAGCAGCUCUAUCAAGUCCAGCUCGCCCAGCAGCAGGCGGCGUUACAGAAACAGCAGGAGGUAGGAGUGGCGGGGGCUCCUUCGCCUGCAUCCUCGAAAAUGAACGCAGCUGUACCAAGUGAUAUGAUGUCGGUUAAUGGACAGGCCAAAACCCACACUGACAACUCUGAGAAAGAGCUUGAGCCAGAAGCUGCAGAAGAGGCCCUGGAGAAUGGACCAAAAGACUCUCUUCCAGUAAUAGCAGCUCCAUCCAUGUGGACGCGACCCCAGAUCAAAGACUUUAAGGAGAAGAUCCGGCAGGACGCGGAUUCCGUGAUCACCGUGGGCCGAGGAGAGGUGGUCACUGUUCGCGUACCCACCCACGAAGAAGGAUCCUAUCUCUUCUGGGAAUUUGCCACAGACAGUUAUGACAUUGGGUUUGGGGUAUAUUUUGAAUGGACAGACUCUCCGAACACUACUGUCAGCGUGCAUGUCAGUGAAUCCAGCGAUGACGAGGAGGAGGAAGAAGGUAGAGCCAUUGGUCCAUAUUCAGUCGCUGCUGGGUUGUGUCUUGGCAGAAGGGGCAGCGGUUCAGAGAAAACAUCCCUUCUGAAGAGAAAGCCAAAAAGAAUGCCAACAAGCCCUUGCUGGACGAGAUUGUGCCUGUGUACCGACGGGACUGUCACGAAGAGGUGUACGCCGGCAGCCACCAAUACCCAGGGAGAGGAGUCUACCUCCUCAAGUUUGACAACUCCUACUCUUUGUGGAGGUCAAAGUCAGUCUACUACAGAGUCUAUUAUACGAGAUAAAGCUGUUACUGCAGAGCCGGGGUCUAGGGCUGGGCAGGAGAUGGCAUUUAGUUGGAAGGUUUCUUUUGACUUUUGUGGAGCAUUGCAGUCAGUGUUUGUGGUGGUUGGUGGUUUGUGAACUCUUGUUGAGAAUCGGGACUUCCUGGAGACUCUAGCAUUAAUCCUCGGGGUGAAAGGGGUUCCUCAGACUUAGCCCGCUGUUCAGUGCCGGCCAGCAGCAUCCCUAGAGGAAGCGGAAGUUCCAUGAGCUGCGUGUUACAUCUUUAAAGUCUCCAGAAUAAACAUCCCGCUGGGUUAGUCCCCUGCUACCUGCCCCAUGUGUUUAUGGGAGCCUACCGUUACAGCGCCCUCACGUGAAACCCUUACGUUAGUGUUCUACCCGAGGCACACAACUGGGAAGAUCACGAUUUUUAAAACUUAAAAACUCGAGACCUCACAGAUUGUAGUGGGAAAUAAUUGCUUCAAUUUGAUGUGGUUGUGAAUGACCCAGAUUGGUUUUUGCUUUGGGAUCAGCUGCUUAGUUCAGAGUUACAUUACAGGGAGUUACUUUCUGAGAUGAUCUUAAAAUAGAAUGUCCACACCCGAUUGCUGACGCAAGUGUCAGCACACGUAGACCACCCCAACACCCUCGCCUCACGGCCCGCGGUCCCCUUCAUUUGGUGUGGAUACUGCCCGUAGCAGACCGAAAGCCACUCAUUUUUGUCUUGAUUUGGCUUUGUGUAAGAGCAUCUCCCAUUGAAACUGCUUUCUACCAAGCAUAGAGUUACAUAAACAGUUUUGUAAACUCAAAUUGCCACCCACUGAAUUAAAAAUAGAGAAAAUCAUUUAAAUAUAAUUCAGUGUAUGAAGAAUAACUUUGCACUAUGUGGAGAUCACUGCCAGAGACGGCUCAUUUUUAAUUUGUUACUCCUUAGGCACAAACCCUACAGGAUUUCCGUUUGGAAUUACUAGAGAAUUGGACGUGCAUAUGCCCACGCUUAAAUUUUUUAUGGCUUUAGUCUGUAUUAUGUUUUUAUUGAUGGGAAGAGGUAUACCUUCGUUCUCUUCACUGAAAACGAAUGUGGGUUAAUUAAUUGCCUCCGAUAUAUAUAAGUGAUUGACUAGUCUAGAGAUUCUUGUUUUCAGAGGGAGGGUAGUACAGAUAGAAAAUGGCAACGAUGGCAAUAUACACACGUAAUGUUACUCUAUGUUGUUACUGAAAUACUUCCAUUUUUUACAUGUCAGAUCCUAAGUCACUCUGUAGGCGGGCUCCCCUGCAGUGGGUACAGUUCACUACAUAAGGAAGGGGCUGUUGGUUUUGUGUGCUGCGUUCUUUCUGUUUUUUUAAUACCUGGUUUUGUACAUACCUAACUGUUCUCUUCUGUUGUUUGGAAACUGGAUUAUUUUUCCUAAGAAGUGCUUAACCUGUGUUUUUUCAUGUUGAUUAGUUUCAGCUCAUAGACGUUCACACUGUUACAUUAGAGCACUUGUCAGCUGUCCGUCAGCUCUCAUGUACAUACGGUCUAGAAACCACGGGGUUAGGCACUUCCGGGCUGUUUUGUUGUGUUUUGUUUUGGUUUUUUAAUGAGAAAAUACUGUAUUUAAAAUGUAAAAUAAACUUUUAAAAAGCAGGCACUAAUAUAUAUUUCUUCCAGCCUUUGAUUACAGACUUGUCCUUGCACAUGUUAAGAUGAAUUACCUUCUAAAAUAUUAUUGUUCUUGGGAGCAGUGUGUGUGACUUCACAUAGCAGCGGUUCCUGUCACGUGUCCAUGUCAGAACAUUGUGGGUUUAAACUUUUAUAUUGCCUUUGGCUGUUGAUUAGUACAGUUCAAAUGCGAUUUCAAAGAGAUCUUGGAAAAUAUAUAUUUAAUCAAUUAAAAUGUUUAUCUGUAA